AUGACGAGGGCGCCUAGGCGUAAGGCAAGGUUAGGCAAGUCCAGGUUAUCUCAAGUGUCCAAGUGUAUCAUCGACCACCAAGCACUACCGUGUCUUCUGAACCUGUUGAACAGUAAUUAUAAGAAGAGUGUGAAGAAGGAAGCUUGCUGGACUAUCUCAAACAUCACUGCCGGCACCAAGGAUCAGAUUCAGGCUGUAAUUGAGGCUAGUAUAAUUGGUCCUCUGGUUCAUCUGCUUCAAAAUGCGGAGUUUGAUAUCAAGAAGGAGGCUGCAUGGGCAAUCUCAAAUGCUACAUCUGGUGGAACUCAUGAACAAAUUAAGUAUUUUGUUAGUCAGUCAUGUAUCAAGCCAUUAUGUGAUCUACUUGUUUGUCCUGAUGCAAGAAUUGUCACAGUCUGUUUAGAAGGGCUGGAAAACAUUUUGAAGGUUGGGGAAGCUAAGAACUUGGCCCGGACAGGAGAUGUAAAUCUCUAUGCUCAAAUGAUUGAUGAUGCUGAGGGGUUGGAGAAAAUUGAGAAUCUACAAAGUCAUGACAACAAUGAGAUUUAUGAGAAGGCAGUGAAGAUUCUUGAGACAUACUGGUUGGAGGAAGAUGAUGAGACAAUGCCACAUGGUGAUUCUGCCCCAUUGGAGUUCCACUUUGGAGGGGGUGAUGUUCCUGUUCCUUCCGGUGGGUUUGACUUCAAGUGAAGGACUCUUCAAGAGAAGUCAUGUUGGACAGCAUAGUCAAGCGUCUGUCAUCUUGUUCUGAACUUGCCCUGGUCCAGUCUCAAGGAGCUGAUUCGGGUUUCCUACAAUGGCCAGAAGUAAAUGCCAGUGAUUGAAUAUAAAUGGUUUGAUUUUUUGGAUUCGUUCAUUAUGGACGCCAUUUCAUAUUUUUGAUGGGUAUAGAGUUGAUGUUGAGUCCUUUUUGUUUUUUGGAAAUUGUUUUGACGUGAUUUCUGGAAUAUCAUUUUUUCAGUUGCUUUUUAUUUUUGCACUCUUAAACCUUUAUUCUUCCAGCUUAUAGUUAUAAGAAAUGUUGGGAAUUUCCUUUCCCUUGGAGUAAUG